AUGGCAAGUGCUGUGGCAGGCGGACUUUUCAAUGCAUUUGCGUUUGCAGGGGCAGGCUAUCUUUUCAAAUAUUUUGACAAGAGCGGGUACGCAGAUGAGGCCGAAAGACACAACCUAGCAAUGGAGAAGGUAACAGAAGAAAGGGAGAAGUACGUCGAAGGGAUAACCAGCAGAAAGGACAAGCUUUCAGAACUGAGAGAAGAACUAGCUAUGGCAAACAGUAACAUAAAAGCAACUAACCAAGCAUUGGAACAAGUGAGGAGAAUACAAGAACUAACAUCCAAGCCAAAACCAAAACAACCCAAGCUAAGCUAG